CAGUCGUGCUCGAACCGAACUGCGGGUCAGGUCGAUAGGGUUUGUGCUCGUAUUCGUGAAAAGUGUUUCCGAUUUUCCUGACGAUUUUCUCGUGCACCGUUUAUCGAUUGGCGCGAGGAUGACGCCUCGCCGAUUUCUACGCUGAACAGUAUCCCACGCGAGGCACUCGACGUGAACUAUCAGGAUGAUGCAGGAGAUCACGGGCCAGUCCUCCAGGACGGUGCUCCUGAACACGUUCGUUGUCAAGAAGAAACGAUGCAGGGUCUACUUUCAUCGCGGCACCUUGAUUUGGGAAACGGAGAAACCGCCGUAUACAAGAUGGACGCUACCCCUGACGGACGUGUUGGCUGUGCGUUACGGAGAUGAUUGGAUACCGGGUGUAAACUCGAAAGAGAAGCAACUGCCGUCGUUACCUACCUCCCCCACCGUUUGCCCGACCAAUUUUAUUUUACACUACGCUGUUCGCGGACCAAAGAACAAAUGGAGCCACCACAGUGUCACGAUGAGCCACACGGAUCCCAGACAGGUGGCUUCCUGGGUCAAGACCAUUCGCAACUACCUCAUGGGUCUAACUCAUCGUCCCAGGAAAAUUCUGUUGUUCGUGAACCCGUUUGGCGGUAAAAAGAAGGGGGUGAAGAUUUGGGAGAAGGACGUGCAGCCUCUGAUGACCAUCGCGGGCAUCGAAACGAAGAUGUUGGUCACGGAACGGGUCGGUCACGCUCGAGACACGCUUCUGACCGCAGACUUGAGCGACUUCCAUGCGAUAGUUUGCAUCGGCGGAGACGGUACCUUGGCGGAAGUGAUAAACGGUCUGGUGCUGAGGACUUCGAAGGACCAGCAGAUCGAUCCGAACGACCCUGACGUUAGACUACCAACCCCUCCUUUGCCCAUAGGCGUAAUACCUAGCGGGAGCACCGACACGGUGGCGUACAGCCUCCACGGAACGACAGACGUGGAAACCGCUGCGAUACAUAUCAUUUUCGGCGACAGCACCGGCCUCGAUAUUUCGUCCGUGCACAACGACAAGGCGUUCCUGAGGCUGUACGCGAGCGUUCUCAGUUACGGUUACCUGGGAGACGUGAUCCGGGACAGCGAGAAAUUCAGGUGGAUGGGUCCCCAGAGAUACGACUACUCCGGUUUCAAGAAGAUCAUCGCGAACAAAGGGUACGAGGGCGAGAUACAGCUUUUGUCCGACCCCUGCCAUCCUUCGACGAGCACCAGAUGCACGAAAAACUGCACGAGAUGUUUGCAGCACAUGCACAACAGCGUCCCCGACAAAGAGAUGUCCAGAUGGAUGACCGUCAGAGGGAAAUUUUUCAUGGUGAACGGUGCUAACCUUGCCUGCGCUUGCUCCAGGAGCCCCAUGGGAUUCAGUCCCCACUGUCACGUCGGGGACGGCUGCGUCGACGUGAUUCUGGUUCGACACACGUCGCUUCUAAAUAACAUCAGAAUGCUGCUCAGGCUGACCAGCAAACAGAAAACUCUGUACGAUCUACCGUUCGUGGAGGUGUACAGAGCGAGGGAGUUCACAUUCCGGGCCAUGCCCACUGUGCACAUGCAGUCCGAGAACGAGAUUAACACCAGAUAUCUGAACUCGAGCUUGAGCGUAUGGAACUGCGACGGCGAGGUAAUCGAUAACUCCAACGUGAAAAUCAGGGUACACUGCCAACUAGUGAACGUGUUCACGAGGCGAGCUCAAGAAUCGGUCAGCGAGCAAACCUGCUUCUGUUAGUGGCUCGUCGAUGAACGAUAUACGGAUCACGAUGGCAUCGAAAUCGUACAGUUCCUUCGACUUGCCCUAAUUGUUAGCUGUCGCGAUAUUCACGCUUGCCGAGUGGGCAACGAUCGAACCGAUCACGCGGCAACGAUACCCGAGGUACUCGUGGCUAGCAUUUUUUCAACGAAAAUCUAUUCGUUUCAAACAAUUUUUGCAAAACUACGUAGCCCCCCGUUAUAGAUUAACGUCUGUAAUCCGAUCCAUGGUACCCGUUACAUAUAAUUUAACGACUCCUUGUACGUGGAAGUUAGUAUACGAAUCGAUCUGAAAUUUGUAUUCGCUGUUCGCGAGGAUUCUAACCCUGACCCAAACCUGAUUAACCUGCUCUUACAACGGGUUAUCUAAUUUGCUCUUACAGCGAGAUAUAAUGCUACGGUGAGCCUAGUCUUGGAAAAUAGGUCAAAGUUCAAUUCAUAUCGGUUAUUCAUAGUAAUUUAUUGUACAAAUAGAAUGGUGCAAUUAUCACAUUUGCAACCCAUCGUUUAUAAUAGGAAUUAUCAGUUGCUAUUAGGAGGUUAGAAUCCUUGGUUAUUCGUGAUGAAAAUUUGCCCCAAUCUGUUGAUGGAUCACGAGAUAUCGUUGUCGCUCGAUUUCGAAUCGAUAUCGUCCGAUCACGGAAUAUUUCACCGAUAAUCGAUAUCAUUUAGGACUAUCUUUCGAGCUGAACACUUUGCACGUAAGCGAAGAAAGCUACACGUAGCGGUCCUGUAUCGUUUCGAACGAGGAUCCUGUUAAGAAGGUUCCAGGAUGCAGGACAUCCUUUGCGUUCGCACUCGGUCGAUAUUUGUUUCUUUUUUUUUUUUUUUUUGCUCAUACUCUUAGAUAUGGUAGCCAAGAAUCAUCGAACACAUUCCAUCGCGGCUCACUCGACAGAGGGUACUUACGUAAUUUUGUAUAAAAGGCGAUCGACCUUCUUUUCUGGUACUUUUUCCAGCAUUGCUGCACUGGCUGCGCGUUUUCGUACUUAAAACAGACACUCGAGAAGCGAUUGCUGUAGACUCGGUGCACGGAGAGACUUUUCUUGUACGAUACUUAAAAGAAUGUGUUAGAAUUCGAUGGUGUCAUCGUCCGCCAGAAAGUCGAUCAUAUUUUUCACGUUUUCUGGAGGACGAGUGGAAAUCUAACGAAAAAGCAACGAAAGCGUUAAUUAUUCGUGAUUUGGGAGAAGAUAGAAAUUAUAAAAAUGAGCGAUGGUUCGAACUCUUCGAGGUACCGAUCGAUUUAUUUUUCGACGUCUUUGAACUCCAGUAAACAGAAUCUUAUCGCGUUUCUUUUCGCCGCGUAUCGUUUUAAAGCACGUCGAGUCUGUAUUAAUCCAUCUUUGAUGGAAACGUAAAGAUAAAAUACAAGGAAAGGAAUUAAUUGUAUAAAAGGAUGUUGUAUGCGUGAAAAGUUCGAUACGAGUUCAAACACGUCCAAGAAUAACAUGGUCUAUCCGAGUACUUAAAGGAUAACUAAACGUUUCAUCUUCGAUAGGGUUAGAGUAGCGAUAUUUUCUUUACCACGGCUGAGGGGGCCCUGAUACGCGUAAAGACGAGACAAAAUGUAUUUUCGCGAAACGUAUUCAAAUUUUAAAUGUUCGUAGAUGUACGUUCGGGAGAAAUUUGGCUGUUAGAGCUUAAGCUUAGACCAAACAUAGUACUUUGGGCUGGGAAGAACCGCGCGGCAUUUAUUUUUACCACGAGUAUUUUGACCUAUUUAUUUAUCUUUAGGGCGUAGGGUUCGCGACUAAUUCGUGGCGGUGUCGAUCAAACAAUCGAUUUUUAUUUUCCGCAGAUAGAAUCGGAUCGUUCCUUCGAGUCUUUCCGUUUUUCCGUUUAGCUCGACUGACGAGCGGAAAUCUUCUGCGUUCUAGAAGUUUUCAUUUCUAGUCCGUCGCGUUCGCGUAAAAAAAAAACACUCCAGUUAUGCUAUCGACAAAAAUUGGAUGGAAAAAACUAGCAACAAAAAUUUGAUCUUUGUUCAAGUUCCUUCCACUUCCCUUCUCUUCUUCUUUUUUUUUUUUUUUGUUUGAUUGAAAAUAAUGUUCGUCGAUGGUAUAAAUGGACCUGGAAGCAUAGAACGAUUUCCGGCCUUGGUUUCCGCCUAACCGCGGCUCUGUCUAUUGUAAGCAUGAUUUUUCGUCGAUGCAGAAACACGAGAAACGUUCUGCGCAACGCUGACUAAUUAUACAGCGAGGGUUUUCUUAACAAACAAUUCAAGGUUUCGUAACCUUCGAUUUCUCAAAUUAAAUAGCAACGAAUAAGAAGAAGAACCUAUACUUUUGAUAAGUAAAUAAAAAGAAUAAAGUGUUGAUAAUCCGGGUGACGGUAGUUGGAUCUUUCACCCUGUAUUAAAAAAUAAAAAUGCCAGUAGAGAAAGAAAUAGAAUAACAAGCACUCGACCGUACAUUUAGCUAUCAACAUUUCCGGGACUCUGUCUAUUCUUAAAUGGCGAACGUCACCUCCGUUUUCUUCUCGAUCCGUCGACUUUGAUCAACGAUGGUUUAAAAGUGGAACUAAAUCGAGUAAUUCCAAAACGAGCGUUCUAUAAAUUAUCAUUUCCUAUGUAAACGUUCGUUUAAUUCGCCACGACCAUUUUUCAAUCCGCAAUGGCCGGCGUAUAGCGAAGGGAGAACGAAUUUAAUUUUUACCAACGGCGUUGUUGGCUGUCCUUUGCGUUUCUUCGACGACGUAUCGUUUCCCAGAGAACAAGUUUUCCCUGUACGUAUUUAUACCAACAGAACUUGCCUCCGACGCGUUUAACGCUCCUCGUCUAAACGAUUGUUAAUAAGCUUGUUAUUUUAAAUUCGAUACAAUAGGCGUCUGAUUUCGAACAGAGAGUGUCUUCCUCUCGGAAGACCGUCGAAAAGUGAUAUUUUUAAUUUUUAAUUACGCGAUUGCCGAGUAUUCCUUCGCAGUAGGGAUAUCAGUGAAAGUAAGAGAAAGAAAAAUGGAGGACAGCAGGGGGUUAACGACCGACAGACUCGAUGAGAUUAGCGAUUACGAUUAUUAAAAAAGAUUAAUUUGUAGAAGCGUGUGACCACGGGUUAUGCAGAUAUACACACAUACACAUAAAUAUGUAUGUAUAUAUAUGUAUAUAUCUAUACCUAUACAUAUCUAUAUUUUAUUUACGAUGUAUUUAUAGUGAAAGAGAAUGAUCACCGCGGCGACGUCACUUC